AUGAAUGUUGAAAAGUCAGAUGACAAAGCAAAGAAUGGCUUGAAGUCUUCCUUACUUAUAAGAGAUGAAAAUGGAAAUAACUAUGCAUAUGACAGAGCUACACCUUCCUCAAAGAAUUGUGCCACCGAGAUACACGGUAAUUCAACUGACCAAAGUAUAGUGACUGAGCAUGAAGAUGAUACUGUUCUUGAAAAUAAGAGUGACUUAAGAAGUAUUCUUUUAAAACAGCAGUGUAUUGAAGCUCUUCAUCUGCAGAAGACACCUGGUAGAUACAACUGCACAGGAGCUCUGUUGGGAGAUGCAGAUGCUGCAUGCACGUCUUCCGUGACUGAACAGACUUGUGUGUAUCCUUUGAACUAUGACUUGAAAGAAGCAACAAACUUAAUGAAGGGUAACAUUGCUGUGGCAAAAAUGCAAAAUCAGUGUAUCAAACAAUUGGUGCCUUACAGUCGGACUGACUCGAAGUGUGUAUUACCUCGUCCUGCUUCAGAGCAGAACGUGCAGUCCCUGAUAAAUGACAGAGCAUGCUGCCACCUGAGCACAGUGGAUGUUACUAAUGUUACAGGUGAAACUCUGGAACCUGGUCAAAACGAUGACAUGAGUCUGAGGGAAACGCUAAUCUCUCCUGAAGUAUGUGCAAGAGAGAAAAUUGAUAGAACCAGCUCAGAAAGAACACCUUAUUUCUCUUCUGUGAUACUGGCUUCGGAAAGCUCAGAUGCCUAUUCAGAACUUGAAGUAUAUCAACCUGCCCCUGUAGGUGUCGAACACUAUCUAAAAAACACUAACAAGACUGAUAAACAAUCACAGGAAACAGAAGUACAGUCUGUGAAACUAGCUGCUGGAUGUGUAAAUCCUUAUAGGCGAGAUGUGUUAUCACCAUUCAUUAAUUUUAACGGAGAUGACCAAGUAAAAUCCUUGCAGGAUACCCCUGACCAUGAUGAAACUGGGAAUUUCAAUGCUGGAACAUGCAUGGGUGGUCCUAUAAAUAAUGUGCACCUUCUCCCAGUAGAUAAAAUGGAUGGAGAGCAAGUAUCAAAGGAAACCAGUGAACCCUUAACCAAAGAACAGAGUCUUUCUGGAAAUGCUGCUCUUCAGGAUAUGCACAACACCUCUAUCACAUCUUGCAGUGUACCAAAAUUAAAGAGGACUGUUAAGCCUGACUUGAAGUGCGAAGCAACUUUUGUGGUCUGCAGUCCUAUGGCUGAGGAAAGCGAUUCUGCUCUAUGUACUUCAACCCCUAAAGAACCAUCGAAAAAUACAACUUUUUCUGUUUCAGCUUUGGCAGAACUUGGAGACGAGUCUCCUAAACUAAGACCAAAUGAGGCGUUCGUAGGAGGGCAUAGUAGAAGGCCUUUGCUUAAAGGUAGUUCAGGUCAAACUGCAGGAAAACCAAUGGGCAGGUCUGCUAUUGUGUCAACAAUAACCAAAGCGAAGAAAUCUGAGAUUGUUAGUUUUCCCAAACCUAAUUUCAAAAAUGUUAAGCCAAAGGUUAUGUCUAGACCUGUGCUACCGUCAAGAGACAGUGCAGCAUUAAAACAGUCUCCCCAGUCCCCCCAGCUAUCAGCUGUCUCCUCAUCUUCACUAGUUGCUUCCCCAAGGCAAUUGUCCCCCUCUAUGAAAGUGCCGAAAAAGAAAAUAGAUCUAGCUAAAGAUACUAAAGUGGAAUUGCCUGUGAAUAAGCUCCAUAAGGUACAUCUUAACAAACACCUCUUCACUAGCCAAGCCAUACAUGUCACAACGCAUCCCAGAAACACUUCCCACAAGGCUUCAAAGACACCUGCGUUAAAACAGAAUCCGGAAGACAUUGGCAAAGCAAGCUCUACCCAUUCAACAUGCUCCUCUGUUUCUGCUGGGCUUCCAAUGUGUGUAGAGAACUCGAAAGAGAUGCUGAAUGAUGAAAUGGAAAGUUCAGACUCUUUAAUGCAGCCCUGUGCUCAAAACACCUACCUGGCUGGAGGUGAAAAAGAGCAAAGCAGCAACAUGGGAGUUCCUCUGGAAGCAGCCCUAUUAAAAGAUGUGGCAAAUGAAACCUUUGACCUGGACUCUGUUCCUUUGAUGCUUCCUGUCAAAGAUGGGACAACACAAGAGAAAAACGUAACGAAGAAAGGCCCAAUCACACUACGAAGUGUAUCAGCUCCCAAGAUUAAAAUGGUGCCAUCCGUGUUGCCCUUGAAGAGAGGAUGUGAAAAUAAAACUAGCAGCACAAUUAAAGCACCUUCUCACAAAGGAGCUGUUCUGUCAUCAAGCUCUGGUGUAGGAUCUUCGCCAAGAGAGAAGCAUGCCUCUGUGAAAAAUUCUCCAGCCUCCUGGGCUAGCUCCGGUAAAGCGCUUGCCAAAUCCAAAGUGCCUGUCAAAAGAUCAGUGCUUGAGAGAACACCUAGCAUCUCAUCAGUCAGCAGCACACAGAGUGAGCGAAGUCUUUUCAGCAGUAAUUCUGCAAAUGCCACAGUCAUCAUCAAGAACGGAGAAUGGUCUUCAAAACCAGCCUGCCAGAAUGGUACUUUGGGAUCUGUCCCUUUGAAAGCAGUCCCAAGACCUAGAUUACACUCUUUGAAGUCAACACCAAAAGGAGCCAAGGCCAGGUCUACUUCACUGAACCAGUGCACACCAAAAUCAUCUGGGUUGCUGCACUCUGCAAGGAAAGUCAGUGAGGCCAGAGGUACUCCAGGAAGAAAUGGACACCAAAGUGUAUCUAGUUUGGGUUCUGUUGACAGGGGCAAGCAGCGGAGUCCCAAGAGCUCAUGCAUACAGACUCAAGGCUCCACAGAUGUGCGUUCGUCUGGCACAAAAACAGCCGAGUUGACACAGUACAAGACAAAAUGUGAGACCCAAAGUGGAAUCAUCCUGCAGCUGAAAAAAUUCCUGACAAGCAGUAACCAGAAGUUUGAAGCGUUAACAGUUGUGAUCCAGCACCUGCAGUCUGAGAGGGAGGAAACACUGAAACAGCGUAAAGAGUUAUCUCAAGAACUGGUUAACCUUCGAGGAGAAUUAGUAACUACUGCUGCAGCUUGUGAGAAAUUGGAGAGAGACAGGAAUGAACUCCAAGUUGCUUACGAAGGGUUUUUGCAGAAGUUAAACCAGCAACAUCACAAUGAUUUAGCUGAGCUGGAGGAGAGGCUUAAACAGUUUUACACUGCAGAAUGUGAGAAACUCCAAAGUAUCUGCAUUGAAGAAGCUGAAAAAUACAAAGCGCAACUCCAGGAGCAGGUGGACAACUUAAAUAUCACACAUGAAAACUUUAAGCUGGAACUUGAAAACAGCCACUCGGAAAAAGUAGAGGAGCUGAAAAAGGAAUAUGAAUCCUCUUUUUCAGAGCUCAAGAGUGCCCAUGAAUCUGAAAGGAAGUCACUUGAAGAUUCCUUUAAAGAGAAGCAAGAAUUGCUAGAGAAAAAAAUUGAGGAAUUAAAAUGUGAAAAUGACUCUCUGAGUGAGAAGUUGAAGAUAGAAGAGCAAAAACAAAUAGCCAAAGAAAAAGCCAGUCUUAAAAACCCACAGAUUAUGUAUCUGGAACAGGAGCUGGAAAGUUUGAAGGCAGUGCUGGAGAUCAAGAAUGAGAAACUCCAUCAGCAAGAUAUAAAACUAAUGAAGAUGGAAAAACUGAUGGAGAACAACACAAUCUUAACGGAUAAAUUAAAGAAGGUUCAGCAAGAAAACGAGGAAUUAAAAGCUCGUAUGGACAAACACAUGGAGCUUUCAAGGCAACUUUCUACAGAGCAAGCCGUUUUACAGGAGUCGCUAGAGAAAGAAUCAAAAGUAAACAAACGCCUGUCAAUGGAAAAUGAAGAACUUCUGUGGAAGUUGCACAAUGGCGACCUAUGCAGCCCAAGAAAACUGUCUCCCAGUUCUCCAUCCGUGCCUCUUCAGUCCCCACGAAAUUCUGGUAACUUCUCUAGUCCCACAGUAUCACCGAGAUGACAUCUCUUGAGAGAAAGAAGGGAUUGCAUUUCAUUUGUGAUCUGCAGAACCAAUCCUAACUUUAAUCAGAGGAGAGCGAGCUAUAUUAGCCGAGCAUGACCGCUAGAUGUAACUGGAAACUAUUUGGUGCAAAAAUGGCGAUAAGAGACUGAGAACGUGGGAGUAAGGCAUUUGUGUUGCUCCUCCCAAAAAGACUUUUUAAUGACCUCUAUGGACAUUGUUGCACAAAGCACUUACAGAGCAAGGAAAGACUUGUUCAUUGCCUUCUCACCUAACGAUAAGAAAAAGCUCAGGGGCUUAGAGAUAAAGAUCACCACCUUCAUAGUAUGUUCCUUAUCACAGACACUUUUUUAAGGCUGUGUGUAUGCGUGUGUGUGUGUGUGUGCGUGUGCGGUGGGUGGAACGGAUGUAACACACUGUGCGUGUGUCUAAUUGCUGCCUUCUUUGCUGUGUACGUAAUAAAGGAUAAAAGCUGAAGACUA